AUGGUGCCUGACAUCUACCAGCGCGACUUCAGCUUGGAGCAGCUGCGCCAAUACGACGGGUCCCGCACCCCGCGCAUCCUGCUCGCGGUCAAUGGGAAAGUCUUCGACGUGACCAAAGGCAGCAAGUUCUACGGCCCUGCGGGUCCAUAUGGAAUAUUUGCUGGUAGGGAUGCCUCCAGAGGACUGGCGACAUUUUGCCUAGAUAAAGAUGCACUUAAAGAUGAAUAUGAUGAUCUGUCAGAUUUGAAUGCUGUACAAAUGGAAAGUGUCCGAGAAUGGGAAAUGCAGUUUAAAGAAAAAUAUGAUUAUGUAGGCAGACUGCUAAAACCAGGAGAAGAACCUUCAGAAUAUACAGAUGAAGAAGAUACCAAGGAUCACAAUAAACAGGAUUGAACUUUGUAAACAACUAAAGUCAGGGGCCUUCAGAACUGCGAUUCUUACUCCCUUUCACAGAAUGUCCAGCGUCUUUGGGUUUGGUUCACCUGCUGCAAAAAAACAUUCAACAGAUUGUGUACAAGCUAAAUGAAUCUCACUAUGAAGUUUUGAAAACUAGACAUUAUUUAUGCUGCCAAACUCAUUUGUUACAGUUGUUUGUAAUGUCAGUUGGGGCUUCAUCAUCCUGAAAAGGAGAUAGGAAUUAUUUUUUUAUAGAGCAAGAAAGUUACAAGGUUGCUUUUCUUAUUUUUUAAAAAAAUCAAAGACAACCAGAUAUGUAUUUGCUACUUAAGUAUACAAAUCUCAAAAACAACAAGGGAUUCCUAUUUGCUGUGCUGUGCUUUUGUUUUGGUAUUGAGGGAGGGAGGAGACCUGGGCAGGAGAAGGCGGGGUGCAUAUCAAUUUGAGUAGUUUAGGCCAGCGGUCGCCAACCUUUCGGACCUCAUGGACCACUGGUUGGCGACCGCUGCUCCAAAGAUUUCCUUAAAUCAGCGGUCGCCAACCUUUAGGACCUCACGGACCACCAGUUGGCCGCCGCUGGUUUAGGUUACUGAAACAUGCAAAUGUGAAUUUCCAAACUUUUACUUUUGGGUUUUGUCAGGGAAAAGGGGAAAAAACAAAACACCUUUAUUAGUAAGAAAUCUUUGCAUAUUAGGAGACAGGAUUUCAAGUGGAUUUUAAGUUAAAGUAACCCCAACAGUAAGAUCAUUUGAAACUAGUUUUCAUCCCUUCCCUUCACCUAGAUCAAAUCAAUAUUACUUGUGCCUUAUUUCACUUACAUAGACUUGAAUUAUUUUUAGGGAAAGCCCCUAUGUGAAUUCAGAAGUCACUACAAGCAGCAUUGAGACCGAAGUUGGAAUCUUCUGUUGACUGCAAAACCUUGAUGUCAUUCUGUGUAUAGAGAAUGUAAAAGGAAUAUUCAGUGUUACUGCCAUAUAUGUUAAUAUACACAAACUUAAUUAGCAUUUUAAUGGCCAAAUGCGUUCCCCCAUGCUUUUUUCAAAAAAAUUGAAAACCAAAUCAACAACUCUAUCCCCCAACAGCUCCCUAAUUUUAGGACUCUGACCCUCAUAGCUCACUAGUGUGGGUGCAUGGGGCUGAAGUAUGGAUGUCGUAUGGGUGUGUCUUAAUGUGUGAGAGCGCCUUGGGAGGGACUCUGCAGAUAUGUAAAUACCAGUACUGUUUUAAUAAAGCAUGUAAAAUAAACCAAAAUAA